AUGGCGGCCCUGCCCGGCGCAGUGCCCAGGAUGGUGCGGCCAGCUCCGGGGCAGAACUACCCGCGCACGGGAUUUCCUUUGGAAGUAUCUACCCCGCUUGGCCAAGGCCGGGUCAAUCAGCUUGGUGGGGUCUUCAUCAAUGGGCGACCCUUACCAAACCACAUCCGCCACAAGAUAGUGGAAAUGGCCCACCACGGCAUCCGACCCUGUGUCAUCUCCCGUCAGCUGCGUGUCUCCCACGGCUGUGUUUCCAAGAUUCUCUGCCGCUACCAGGAGACUGGGUCCAUCCGGCCUGGGGCCAUCGGAGGCAGCAAGCCCAGACAGGUGGCGACUCCGGACGUAGAGAAAAAGAUCGAGGAGUACAAGAGGGAAAACCCAGGGAUGUUCAGCUGGGAGAUUAGGGAUCGGCUGCUGAAGGACGGACACUGUGACCGCAGCACAGUGCCCUCAGGUUUAGUGAGUUCGAUUAGCCGCGUGCUCAGAAUCAAGUUCGGGAAGAAAGAGGAGGACGAUGAAGGAGAUAAGAAAGAGGAUGAUGGAGAGAAAAAGGCCAAACACAGCAUCGAUGGGAUUUUGGGCGACAAAGGGAACCGGCUGGACGAGGGCUCGGAUGUGGAGUCGGAGCCCGACCUCCCGCUGAAGCGCAAGCAGCGCCGCAGCCGGACCACGUUCACGGCUGAGCAGCUGGAGGAGCUGGAGAAGGCCUUCGAGCGCACCCACUACCCGGACAUCUACACCCGCGAGGAGCUGGCGCAGAGGACCAAGCUCACAGAGGCACGCGUGCAGGUCUGGUUCAGCAACCGCCGCGCCCGCUGGCGUAAGCAGGCAGGGGCCAACCAGCUGGCGGCAUUCAACCACCUUCUGCCCGGAGGCUUCCCACCCACUGGCAUGCCUACACUGCCACCCUACCAGCUUCCGGACUCCACCUACCCCACCACCACCAUCUCCCAAGACGGGGGCGGCACAGUGCAUCGGCCCCAGCCGCUGCCACCAUCUACCAUGCACCAGGGCGGGCUGGCGGCAGCGGCGGCAGCCGCGGAUACCAGCUCUGCCUACGGAGCCCGCCACAGUUUCUCCAGCUACUCGGACAGCUUCAUGAACCCGGGGGCCCCCUCCAACCACAUGAACCCCGUCAGCAACGGCCUGUCUCCUCAGGUGAUGAGCAUCCUGGGUAACCCCAGCGCGGUACCUCCGCAGCCGCAGGCCGACUUCUCCAUCUCCCCGCUGCACAGCGGCCUCGACUCUGCCUCCUCCAUCUCAGCCAGCUGCAGCCAGCGGGCUGACUCCAUCAAGCCCGGGGAGAGCCUGCCCACCUCCCAGUCCUACUGCCCACCCACCUACAGCACCAGCGGCUACAGUGUGGACCCCGUUGCUGGCUACCAGUACGGCCAAUACGGUCAGACUGCUGUUGACUACCUGGCCAAGAACGUGAGUCUGUCCACACAGCGCCGCAUGAAGCUUGGGGAGCAUUCUGCCGUGCUGGGACUCCUGCCUGUGGAAACAGGCCAGGCCUACUAA